UGUUUAGGAUGGGGAAGUCAGAGCUCCAAAGUUCAUAUCCAUCACAGCACUUGGCUUCAUUUUCCUGGUCAUAAUUUACGGUGGAUUUUGACUUUCAUCCUUUUGUUUGUGUUAGUAUGUGAAAUAGCUGAGGGCAUAGUAUCAGAUGGAGUUUCUGAAUCCCGUCACUUGCACCUGUACAUGCCACCUGGUAUGGCAUUCUUAGCAGCCAUAACAUCAAUUGUUUACUAUCACAACAUUGAAACAUCAAAUUUUCCAAAGUUAUUAAUAGCUUUGUUAGUCUACUGGACGUUAGCUUUUAUAACCAAAACCAUCAAAUUUGUAAAAUUUUAUGAUAAUGAUGUCGGACCCCUCCAGCUUCGAUUCUGCCUGACUGGGUUCUUAGUCAUUCUUUAUGGAAUGCUGCUAAUCGUAGAAAUUAAUGUCAUCAGGGUGAGGAGAUAUGUUUUCUUCAAAAAGCCUAAGGAAGUUAAACCCCCUGAGGACCUUCAGGAUCUUGGAGUCAGAUUCCUGCAACCCUUUGUCAAUCUGCUGUCCAAAGGAACAUACUGGUGGAUGAAUACGUUCAUUAAAACGGCACAUAAGAAGCCAAUUGACCUGAAAGCUAUAGGCAAGCUGCCUAUUGCCAUGAGAGCUGUGACAAACUACACGUGCCUUAAUGAAGCUUUUGAAGCACAGAAAAGCAAAAACACUCCAUAUCCACAAGGAUCCACGUCCAUCUGGCAUGCCCUCUGCUGUGCCUUUGGAAGACCUUUGGUUCUAAGCAGCACUUUCCGUAUCCUGGCAGAUUUGCUUGGAUUUGCUGGUCCCCUCUGUAUUUCUGGAAUUGUACACCAUGUUGGGAAAGGGAACAACACAUUCCGCCCUCAGACUAAAAUACUUGGUGUUUUCUUCAUUUCAUCUCCAGAAUUUCUGGCCAAUGCUUACGUUUUGGCAGUCCUCCUCUUCUUUGCUCUUUUAUUGCAAAGAACAUUUCUCCAGGCUUCAUACUAUGUUGCCAUUGAAACAGGAAUUAACCUCAGAGGAGCAAUACAGACAAAAAUUUACAAUAAGAUUAUGCUGCUUUCAACUUCCAAUAUGUCCAUGGGGGAAAUGACUGCAGGUCAGAUCUGUAACCUGGUUGCAAUAGAUACAAAUCAACUGAUGUGGUUUUUCUUCCUUUGCCCUAAUCUUUGGGCUAUGCCAGUACAGAUCGUUGUAGGAGUCAUUCUACUCUACUACCUACUUGGAUUCAGUGCCUUAAUUGGAGCUGUAGUAAUCAUCGUGCUUGUACCUGUUCAGUAUUUUGUAGCCACAAAGCUUUCACAAGCCCAAAGAAGUACAUUGGAAUAUUCCAACGAAAGGCUGAAGAAAACAAAUGAAAUGCUUCGUGGGAUAAAACUCCUUAAGCUCUAUGCCUGGGAAAACAUCUUUCACAGCAGAGUGGAGGAAACCCGGCAAAAGGAGAUGACCAGCCUCAAGGCAUUUGCUCUGUAUACCUCCAUAUCAAUUUUCAUGAAUGCAGCAAUACCUAUUGCAGCUGUUCUUAUAACAUUUGUGGUCCAUGCCCACCUGUUCGAGAAUGCUGACUUUUCUCCUUCGGUGGCCUUUGCUUCACUUUCCCUCUUCCACAUCCUCGUUACGCCUCUGUUCUUGCUCUCCAGUGUGGUUAGAUCCACCGUCAAAGCUCUCGUGAGUGUUCAGAAGUUAAGUGAAUUUCUGUCAAGCGAAGAAAUAGGAGAAGAAUAUGACAGAUGUUUAGAACCAAAAUGCAAGGACAGCAUCAGCAAAUACCAGGCUGUUCCCCUCAAAGUUGUUAAUCGUAAGCGGCCCACCAAAGAGGACUGGAAGAGUUACAGCUCUCCUACAAGAAGACCUGUUAGCAACACAGAAGCAGAUGAUUAUUGUGUAAAGGUCAUAAAUGGAUUUUUCACCUGGACCCCCGAAGGACCUCCAGCAUUGGCCAACAUAGACAUACAAAUCCCACAAGGUCAAUUAACAAUGAUCGUGGGGCAGGUGGGCUGUGGUAAGUCUUCCCUCCUGCUGGGGGUACUUGGGGAGAUGCAGAAGGUAUCUGGGAGCGUAAUCUGGAACAGCAGUAUUCCUGACAGCGAGACAGGGGAAGAUGUAAGCCAAGAAAAGGAAACUGCUAUUGACACGGAAAACAGGAAAAGAGGACCUGUGGCAUAUGCUUCCCAGAAACCAUGGUUACUAAAUGCUACUGUGGAAGAGAAUAUCACUUUUGAGAGCCCCUUCAAUAAACAAAGGUACGAAGCAGUAAUUGAUGCUUGCUCUCUUCAGCCUGAUAUUGACAUUCUUCCUCAUGGAGACCAAACCCAGAUUGGAGAAAGGGGCAUUAAUCUUUCUGGAGGUCAGCGCCAGAGGAUCAGUGUGGCAAGAGCCCUUUACCAACAGACAAAUGUUGUGUUUCUGGAUGACCCAUUUUCUGCAUUGGAUAUCCACCUGAGUGACCAUCUCAUGCAAGAAGGAAUCCUGAACAUGCUAAGAAACGACAAGAAGACUAUUGUUUUGGUCACCCACAAGCUACAGUAUCUGCCACAUGCUGACUGGAUUAUUGCAAUGAAGGAUGGUACCAUUCAAAGAGAAGGCACGCUCAAGGAUAUUCAGAAAUCAGAAUCUGAACUCUUUGAACAUUGGAAAACACUAAUGAAUCGACAGGACCAAGAACUGGAGAAGGAAACCAUAACUGAACGAAAAACAGUAUUAGAUAUGAAGACUCUCCAAAGGACAGCGCAUUCUCGAGAAACACUGCUCAAAGAUGAUGAUGAAGAUGAAGAUGAAACACCAGAAACCGAUGAUGAAGAAGACAACCUGUCUUCUCUCCUUCACCAGAGAGCAAAGAUGCCUUGGCAAGCAUGUGGGAAGUACCUUAGCACUGCAGGAUUCCUCCUACUGCCUUUGCUGGUCCUUUCACAGCUCCUGAAACACACAGUUAUGGUAUCCAUUGACUUUUGGCUAGCACAAUGGACAUCUGAUGCCAUUUCCACGAAAGUGGGAAAGAAUCUGAAUUGCUCUGUUUGUGAGGCAACCACUUUUAAUCAUUCUCCCUAUUCUAGAGUAUUCAGCAUUCUCUCCUGCCUUGGAAUUAUAUUAUGUUUUGUAACAUCAAUAGCAGUAGAGUGGACUGGUCUAAAAGUUGCCAAGAAACUACAUUCUUAUCUGCUGAAUAAAAUUAUUUUGGCCCCAAUGAGGUUUUUUGAAACAACACCACUUGGAAGUAUCUUGAACAGAUUUUCAGCUGAUUGUAACACUAUUGACCAGCACAUUCCUAAAAAUAUUGAUUUUAAAACAUUAAUUGUUUUCAGGGACCUGCAGCAGUUGGAUGAUAGUACUCAGCUCCCACUGCUUUCUCACUUUUCAGAGACUGUAGAAGGCCUAACCACUAUUAGAGCAUUCAGGUAUGAAACCCGGUUUAAACAGAAGCUUCUUGAAUAUACGGAUUCUAACAACAUCGCUUCCCUUUUCCUUACAGCUGCCAAUCGCUGGCUGGAAGUUCGGAUGGAAUAUAUUGGGGCCUGUGUGGUACUCAUAGCAGCUGUUGCUUCAAUUACAAAUUCUCUAUACAAUCAACUUUCUUCUGGUCUUGUAGGCUUGGGACUGACUUAUGCUUUGAUGGUAUCUAACUACCUAAACUGGAUGGUUCGCAACCUGGCUGAUAUGGAACUGCAGCUUGGAGCAGUAAAGAGAAUCAAUGGCCUUAUAAAAACUGACGCUGAAAACUACGACGGACUCCUCUCUCCAGCACAGAUUCCUCAGAACUGGCCUGACCAGGGUGAGAUUCAAAUACAGAAUCUAUCUGUCCGCUAUGACAGUACCCUGAAACCAGUCCUAAAGCAUGUCAAUGCCCACAUCUCUCCAGGACAAAAGAUUGGAAUAUGUGGCCGAACAGGCAGUGGAAAAUCGUCUUUUUCUCUUGCCUUUUUUAGAAUGGUUGACAGUUUUGAAGGGAAGAUUAUUAUUGAUGACAUAGACAUUGCGAAACUUCCGUUACAAACACUGAGAUCCAGACUGUCGAUCAUUCUCCAAGAUCCUAUUUUGUUCAGUGGCACAAUCCGAUUUAACUUGGAUCCAGAAAAAAAAUGUACAGACAGCAUGCUGUGGGAAGCUUUGGAAAUAGCACAACUAAAGCAUGUGGUGAAAGCUUUACCUGGGGGACUAGAUGCCAUUGUCACAGAAGGUGGAGAAAAUUUCAGCCAAGGGCAAAGACAGCUCUUCUGCUUAGCCAGGGCAUUUGUACGGAAGACAAGUAUCUUCAUCAUGGAUGAAGCCACCGCUUCUAUCGACAUGGCAACUGAAAACAUUCUUCAGAAGGUUGUGAUGACUGCAUUUGCUGAUCGUACUGUAGUAACAAUUGCACAUCGGGUGAACACUAUCCUUAAUGCGGAUAUGGUUAUUGUAAUGAAGAGAGGAGUUAUUCUAGAAUAUGAAAAACCAGAGAUUCUGCUGGAGCAAGAAGGCAGCGUGUUUGCUUCCUUUGUCCAAGCAGACAAGUAG